AGUCCGGGCAAGGUGUUCCCAAGUGUGCCAAGCUCGCCCCGCCACAAGAACGAGGCACACGGCGCACUAUGGUCGAGCACUGAACCCGCAAACGAUACAUAUCAAAACAAACACUGAUUUAGUCUUUAAACAUUAGGUAUUUUAAACGUAAUUACUUAUACAUUUAAAAUUGAAAUAAAAAAUUCAAUUCGUAAUUAGCCACCGGUCGAACUCUGACUUCAAAUACAAACCUACAUAGCCCCAGCGGUCAAACGAACUGCCUGUCCAUACAGCACAUUUGAAUUUAGAACUCCAAGUUGAGUAUAAAGUUAGGAUUUGAAGGGUGAGGGGCAGUCGCCCCCAGGGGCUCGACCGUGGAGGCGGAGGGGGCCGCGCUGUUUGGGCGGCUGCAGGGCGCGCUGCGGGGGGGCGCCGCCGCCGCCUCGCCCUCGCGGGUCGCCAGCUCCAUCAAGGGCUACCUCACCAACAAGGUCGGCUCGCUGCAGCUCAGAGACUCAGGUUCCGAAGUCCAUUGAGGGUUGUGGAGGACGACCGGUAGAUGUAUGAGAGUCCACAGUGGAUUAGAAGAUGAUCAGAAGCUGCGAUAAGAAGUAAUAUCUUACUGGUAAACAGAUAUAAAAGAAGUGAACAUGGCGGAGGGACCACAGACGAUAUGGCAGAGGAUCGACAAUUCCAUGAUUCCAAUCGUCAACUUGGAAGUGAGGGAAGUAAGGGAGAUAUUAUGGGAGAAAAUCAAAGAGCCGACCUCCCAGAGAAAAAUCAUCCUCGUUAUAGUAUCUAUAGCCUUGUUGCUAGACAACAUGUUGUAUAUGGUCAUAGUGCCAAUAAUCCCAGACUAUCUGAGAUACAUUGGCGCAUGGGGUGAGGCAGCUUACGACCACGUGGUUACUUUGCCGCCAAUCAAAGAAGGGAACAGAACAGUGAUACCGACGAAGAUCAUUCCUGGUUCUCAUGAGGGGCAAGAUUCGGCUACUGGAGUUCUGUUUGCAUCAAAAGCUAUAGUUCAGCUGAUGAUUAAUCCCUUUUCCGGUGCUUUAAUCGAUCGUAUCGGCUACGAUAUUCCCAUGAUGAUAGGACUGAUCAUUAUGUUCCUGUCGACAUCGAUCUUCGCUUGCGGUAGAAGUUAUAGCAUGUUGUUCUUUGCUAGGAGUCUCCAAGGGGUCGGAUCGGCGUUUGCUGAUACAUCAGGCUUGGCUAUGAUCGCUGACAGAUUUACCGAAGAAUCCGAGCGCUCUAAAGCACUAGGCAUAGCACUGGCAUUUAUUAGUUUUGGAAGCCUGGUCGCUCCACCAUUUGGCGGUGCUUUAUAUCAAUUUGCGGGCAAGGAAGUGCCAUUUCUUAUUUUGGCAUUGAUAUCCUUAAUGGAUGGAUUCAUGUUAUUACUCGUCAUGAAGCCAAUAAAGACUCAGAUCAAAGAGGCGAAUGAACCAAAACCAGCUGGAACUCCAAUUUGGAAGCUCUUGAUUGAUCCUUACAUCGCAGUUUGCGCUGGAGCUUUAAUGAUGUCGAAUGUAGCGCUUGCAUUCCUAGAGCCCACGAUUUCAUCUUGGAUGGAAGACAAUUUGACUAAAGAUAAUUGGAAAAUAGGCAUGAUAUGGCUACCGGCUUUCUUUCCUCAUGUUCUGGGUGUGAUCAUAACCGUCAAGAUGGCAAAGAAGUACCCUCAACACCAAUGGUUGAUGGCUGCUGGUGGGUUGGCUCUGGAAGGUUUAUGUUGUUUCAUCAUACCUUUCGCGAGUUCGUAUAAGAUGUUGAUGAUUCCUAUUUGCGGUAUAUGCUUCGGGAUUGCCUUGAUCGACACAGCUUUGCUGCCAACUCUUGGAUACUUGGUUGAUGUUCGUUAUGUAUCUGUCUACGGAAGUAUUUAUGCCAUUGCUGACAUAUCAUACUCCUUCGCUUAUGCUGUAGGACCCAUCAUCGCUGGAGAAGUCGUCGAGGCUAUUGGAUUCACUGCUUUGAACCUGCUAAUUGCGUUCAGUAAUCUUCUUUAUGCACCAGUGCUGAUGUACCUUCGGCAUAUUUAUGACUUCAAGCCAUUUGAGAACGAAGCCAAUAUUUUGAUGGCUGAUCCACCAGAUAAAGAAUACCAGACUUACACCAUGCAAGACCAGAAGCCGAUUAAUGGAGACUAUAAAAAUCACUUGGAGUACAAUAGUAGUGCCGGUCAAGCUACUCAGGAAUCAAAUGUGGAUGCUGGGAAUUAUUCUUACGACCAGACGUAUCAAGGAGGAAGUUAUAGCCAAGGCUAUGAACAGCAAGGAUACCAUCAAGAAUAUCAGCAGGCGGAGUACAACCAACCGAGGCAGUUACCGGCUCAGCCACAGACGGUCAGUAACCCUUUCAGGGCAGGGGCGUCUACUGCACCCGUCGCAGCCCCCGCCCCCACCCCGCCGGGACCCACCAUCAAAAAUCCUUUCCGCCAAGGAUUUUAAUCUCCUAAUUCAGUGUUGUUGCAGAUAUUUUUGAAAUUUAAUUGUUGUGUAAUUGUAACUAAUCUAUAUUUGAGUAUAUGUAUCUAUAGUCUUAUCUUCGAUCACUGAGUCGCAAUACG